UGUAUUUGAGUACCUAAAAGAUGAAAACCAAAUAAAAGCACAGUGGACUUAGAGUACACUACAAUUUUACCCGAACCAAAACAUGGUGAGGAAAACAAGUCUAUUUUUCUAUACAACUAAGCAUGUAUUUUCUUCCAUAAUAAAAAAACCAUCUCAUUACCACCAGACACAACUCUUCUACUGUUGUACCUCAAGCUCCAAUCCUCUCCUCUCCGAAGCCUUAUUUGAAAUGGCCAAACAAGGCCUUGAAGUGAAAUUCAAGGAAUACGAUACUCUGCUAAAUGAAUGUAUAAACCAAAGGGGUAUAAGAGAAGGCCAAAGGGUGCAUGCCCACAUGAUCAAAACGCAUUAUAAACCUCCAGUAUAUCUGAGGACAAGGCUUAUUGUUUUCUACGUUAAAUGUGGGGUUUUAGGUGAUGCUAGAUGGGUGUUCGAUGAAAUGCCUGAAAGGAAUGUUGUUUCUUGGACUGCUCUCGUUUCUGGUUAUUCUCAAAAAGGACAUUUCUCUGAAGCUAUCCAUCUUUUUGUUCAGAUGUUGAGAUCAGGUACUGCGCCCAAUGAGUUCACUUUUGCAACAGUGCUUAGCUCAUGUACUGGUGCCAUUGGGCUUCACUUUGGGAGACAAAUCCACUGUCUUGUGGUCAAGAGUCCUUUCGAAUCACAUAUAUAUGUGGGAAGUUCACUCCUUGAUAUGUAUGCAAAAGCUGGCAAAGUUCACGAAGCUCGAUGUGUUUUUGAAAGCCUGCCAGAAAGAGACGUUAUCUCCUGUACUGCUUUAAUCUCAGGCUAUGCUCAACAGGGACUAGAUGAAGAGGCACUGGAGCUUUUCCGCAAGUUGCAGGCAGAGGGAAUGUCUUCCAACUAUGUUACAUAUACUAGUGUAUUAACAGCCUUAUCAGGACUUGCUGCAGUUGAACAAGGUAGACAACUGCAUGCCCAUAUUAUUCGAUUGGAACUGCCCUUCUAUGCGGUGCUUCAGAAUUCUCUCAUUGAUAUGUACUCCAAGUCUGGAAAAUUCACUUAUUCAAGGACGGUAUUCAAUCAAAUGUCCGAAAGAACUGUUAGCUCCUGGAAUGCCAUGCUUGUUGGUUACAGUAAACAUGGGAUGGGAAAGGAGGUAGUUGAGCUCUUCGAAAUGAUGAGAGAAGAAAACAAAAUUAAGUCUGAUGGCAUCACUCUUUUGGCUGUGUUAUCUGGCUGCAGCCAUGGAGGAAUGGAGGAUAAAGGUGUAGAGAUUUUUAACGAUAUACGUACUGGAAAAGACAGGGUUGAGGUUACGAUUGAGCACUGUGGUUGUGUGGUUGAUUUGCUAAGUCGAGCUGGCCAAGUAGAAAGGGCCUUCCAAUUCAUUAAAGAGAUGCCUCUUCAACCAACUGCUGCAAUUCUGGGUUCACUAUUAGGUGCUUGCUGGGGUCACCUGUGUGUUAGUAUUGGUGAAAUUGUAGCCAAACAACUUUUGGAGAUAGAGCCAGAAAAUGUUGGAACUUAUGUAAUUCUUUCAAACAUGUAUGCAUCGGCAGGAAGGUGGGAAGAUGCUAGAAGAGUAAGAGAGUUGAUAAAUGAAAGGGCCAUGGUAAAGGAAUCUGGAAAAAGCUGGAUUGGUAUUGAUCUUAUCCGAAACAGGAAAGGAUAUUGCAAAAACAUAAUGGUAUUAGCAGUUAAGGUCAAGGAAGGUACUUAUAUUCUUGAUCAGAGUUUAUGUAUCUUGUUUAGCAUGGAUGAUAAGAGAAAAAAGAAAAUGCUGCUAGGACAACUAGCUACCGCAUUUGAACAACUUUGGAGGCAUAGGUCAUCCGAGAGCUCAGAAAAAAGCUAUGCUGCAAGAAAACCCUUGAACCAGUGCUCUUGGGUGUUUGCUGCGAUGUCUGAUCUGAACCCGAAUUACCAGAACUGGUUGGCCCAUUUUCAAUGUCCAAUGGAAGCUUCAUCUUUGCCAAUGACUCAGUAAAUUGCUGCAUACUUUUCAUGUACAUAUCCAGAAUAUCCUGUUGCACAACUCUGGACAUCCUGAGCUGGUGUCAGAGCUGCUCCAAGGUAGAGCUCAUUUGCGAGACACAGCUCAGUUUGAUGAUUUACUGGGUAUAUUCACAGUUUGGAGACUAUUGGUAAAAGAAUUCAAAUCUUGCUCCCAAAUGGAAUGAUGGAAUAAAGCACAUUUUGGUAAGAACUUGACAAGAAGCAAUCCAGAAGAUGGCAACAGAAAGGGAAUCAUAACUUCCUUGAAAGCUUGAUAAUGGUUCUUGUUUAUAAUGGGGAGGUUUUUUAAUCGACUCUUAGAGCAGCUCUCAGGUUUUAUUCUUAUUGUGAAUUGAUGAACUUUCAAAAUGUUGUGGUUAUUAGGAAUUUCGUUGAUUGAAGAUGCCUGCGUCAGACAGGUUGGCAGAUGAGUAUUAUAAUCAUCUGGAAUUAUGAUCACUUGAAAGGAUGAGCUAUUUUAUCCAAAUCAGUUUGCUUGGUUUCA